AUGGCGAGCACAAAGCAGCAGGAGAAUAUGCUCCUUACUGAGCACUUCACUUGGCCCCCAAUUUCCUUGAUUGAUGACAUAAUAAACGCUGUGAAUGAGGUUCUCUACCGUUGCACCGACUCGUUCGAAACAGGCCUCUCCGCCGCCGACCCCUCCCUCCUUGGUUUUGCCGACCUCUAUGCCUCUCAAGGGCGCACGCCAGAGAAGGAUGAAGAUGGUCAGGAUGUAUACCCAGAGGCUAAGCUGGAAAUCGAGGAGGGAGUGCUCAAGCUAGAGACAUUAAUGGAAAAUGCAGUAGACAAGAACUUUGACAAGUUGGAAAUUUGGACGCUGAGGAACGUGUUUGCUCUCGGGAGGGGGAAAGGAGGAGAUGAAGGGCUAGGGGAUUGGGUGAGGCUGGGACACUAUGAGAACGUUGAACCCCCGCCCAAAGACACCACCCUCACACCCGAAGCCCUCUACACCCUCCGCCGCAAACUCAUCGAAACCCAAAAACUAAACGCUGCCCUCGUCGCGGAGAAAACACGCAACGACGCGCAAAUAGCCCGCCUACGAGCCCUCAUCCAACCCAACACAACCACCACUACAAAACGCGAAACGCGAAACUCUACAUCACCAGCCGAGCAACCACCAAACCAAACCACCAACGCGCCCUUCGCCUUCCUAACCCACACACCCGCCGCCCAAUCCCUCGGCCUACACAGCCUCUCCACAACCACACCCAACGACAAGAACACCGAGAAAACCGCCCCCUUGACCACACACACCAAAUUCACAACAUCCCAACUGCCCUACCUCCGCCAACUUCUCGCAUCCCUAAAACCACACCUCGCCACCACGGCACUACCCAGCGACACGACCCCACACUCUGCUUCAGCGGGCCAAACGGAUGCGGGAGCGAAGAACAAGGAAGAGUUGAGCAGAGAGCGCAAGGUCUAUGUUGAGAGUCAGAGCAAGAGGAUUUUGGAACGUAGGGGCGUGGAUACAAAGGAUGGGGUUGAGGGCGUUUGGGAGGGAAGCAGUAGGGUGAGGGUCGAGGAGGUGAGGGGGUUGGAGGGUUUAGUUGCGGGAUUGGAGAGGGGGGUUACGAGGGCUGGAGCUGGGGCGAAGGAGGAGGACAAGGAUGGGGAUGUGGAUGUGGAUGCUAUGGAUACGAGUUGA